CACAAACACAAACACAAACGCAACUCUUUGCUCUGCUUUGCUUGCUCACAUCUUCUGCUACACUACUACUUCAACACAAGCUCACUAGAAGUACUGAGUGAGAUAAAAAAGAGUGCUGUCCUAAUUAAGACAUUUCUCGGAUGUUUUAAGACAAACACAACCCUUUUGAGACAUACAUGGAUGUUUUACGACAUUACUCGGACCCACAGUAUCUAAUGGGGUCUAGUAUUUGUUCCUCAGAGUACGGGAGUGACACUGCUCACAUGGUGAACUUGUCAGACGAAGAGAUCAUUUUGGCUUCCAAAAAUCCAAAAAAACGAGAUGGGAGGAAGAAGUUUAAAGAAACGAGACACCCAGUGUACCGUGGAGUGAGAAGAAAGAACCCACGAAAAUGGGUUUCUGAAGUCCGCGAGCCCAACAAGAAGUCAAGGAUUUGGCUUGGGACUUUUCCCACUGCAGAAAUGGCAGCACGUGCACAUGACGUGGCCGCGAUUGCACUCCGUGGCAGGUCCGGGUGUCUCAAUUUUGCUGACUCGGCGUGGCGGCUGCCAGUUCCGGUGUCACCAUCCUCAAAGGAUAUUCAGCGAGCUGCAGCGGAGGCGGCCGAGGCAUUUCGACCUGCAGAGUUGGACUGGGUUUCUGGGGAUGAGCUGAGUAUAGAAAAUGCGGCGGCUGCAACAAUGGCAGCAGCAGUGGCUGUGGCAGCAGCAGUGGCGGCGGCAGCAGCAGAGGCAGAGGCAGAAAGGAUGCUUUUUAUGGAUGAUGAGGCGGUUUUCGACAUGCCAGAGUUGUUAAGAAGUAUGGCAGAAGGGAUGCUGUUGCCUCCACCUCAUUGUUAUGACGGAGAAAACAUGGAAGCUGAUAGUGACAUGUCAUUAUGGAAUUAUUAAAUUUGGUUGGUAUUAGUAAAUAUUAUAACUUAAUGCUCAAGUGUUAGUGUGUAUAAGUUUUUUUUUUUUUUUUAUGAAUGAAGUGUGUAUAAGUUAUGUAUAUGUAUACUUUUUUUUUUGGUGGAGAAUCGCAUAAGUUAUAUGUAUAUGUUGGAAGUGAGGGAAAGUUAGAGAUGGCGAAGCAUAUAUUGUACAAAAAGAACUAUAGUCCUUUUUUCAUAAUGUAUAAUGGAAACUUUUGUGAAAUAAGUUUAUACUU